AUGUCUGUUAUACAGGCCAUAUGCGCUCGAAUUCUUUCCAAAAACAGUCUUGAAGGCAUUCAGACGGCCAGUCUUGAAGCCUCGAAUGGUAUUAAACAGGAGAACAGCCACUACAGCAGAAACGAUGAUAGUAUCGGAGUUGCUUUUAAUGAAAACACAUUCCCGGACUUGCAUUACUCUGUUGAUGCUAUCAAGCACUCUGAUCGUCAUCGUUUGAAUCCUGAAAUAGUGGCUUCUACACAUGCAACUAUCUCCUCCAAGGAUGAAACCAUUGGUAGUAAUAAUAGAUCUACUAAAAGCAAUACAAAUGCAUCUCCUUAUCCACAGAAUCAAUCAGCAGCUAAAGACAGCUCACUCACACCAGCAGCUUCAGACUCCAAUAAGCGUCAUCAAGCAACACCAACAGCGAAUCAAGACUCAUCUCAUUCUAAUCAUACUGCUAAUGCACGCAUACUUGAUGCAUUGGAAAAUACCAUGUGGGAAGGCUCGCUCAAGUCAAAGGAAUACGAGCGUCGAUUUAUUCAACAGGACGAUUUCUACAAAGAGUCGCACUUUGUUUCUGCCAGUCGCCAUUCCACUAGAAACUCAUCGGGCCUAUUUCUUCCAUCCAAUGCAAGCAAUACUGAACAUGGUGCACUAAAAUCAACACAUGCAUCAUUAAAUACCACACUUUUCUCUGGUCAGAAACUGCCCGACCUUCCUCAAGAUUCUUUGUUUUUGCAGUUAAUUAAACGUAUUGAUGUCUGCCGAAUCACCAAUAGGAUUAUCGCGUGUGGUUUGCCAUGCAAGCUUUCAUCUAGUAUUACAAACCACAGGAAUCACAUUGCCGAUUUGUGUCGUUUUUUAGAUACCAGAUAUCCCCAAAAAUACAUGAUUUGGAAUCUUGCUGGAGAUACAGCACAGGGGACUUAUUCUUCAGAUUCGUUUCAUCAUCGAGUACUUGCUUUUCCACUUUCAAAAGCAUUUCAUUUAAACAUCAAGACUCUGCUGGAUUUUAGUCGCUCUAUUCAUGCAUGGCUUAAUCUUGAUCCCGAUAAUGUGGCUAUAGUGCAUUGUACAAACGGACUUGCUCGAACAGGUCUUGCAAUUGCAACAUAUCUUCGAUUUGCUGACAUUAUUCCAGAUGUAAAAGAAGCAUUCGAUUACUUUGUUUAUCGAAGAUCAAAGAAGGAUCGUAGCUGGGUAACAGUUAGUAUGGACCGAUAUAUCAAUUACAUGGAUCAUGUCAUGAAUACCAAUGGGGUUGUCCCUAACCCAGAUCCAAUUCGACUUCAUCACAUUGUCAUGAACGGCAUUCCCAAUUUUGACGGAAAAGAGUCUAGCAAUCCUGGUAUUGAAAUUUAUGAAAGUGGUAAAUUGGUAUUUUGUACUCAUAGAGCCUCUUCACGCUCAUCAGCAAGCAUCACAUCACAUAUUCAACGCACCUUGAAUUCAGUCGUGUUUCAAGUUCCAUUGAAUACCGUCUUGUUACUUCAAAGAGAUAUUCAACUACGGAUAUUUCACACUCCAGAAGCAUCACUGGUUACUUCUUCAAAACUCUCAUCCAAUACAAAAUCUCCCGUGAUAACUAUGGUCAGUUUUUCGUUUAAUUCAGGAUUUAUGCCUACAAGUGGAAUUAUUCGUAUUGGAGCUGCAGACUUGGAUUUAUCACCUCAUGAUAUUGCUGAACGUCGCUUUCCUGCCAAUUUCACAAUUGAUAUAGUGAUUACUGACAGUCCUCAAAGUCAGGCACGAUCACAGCGGCAUAUACCUAAUAAUAUCUCGAUUGAUGGUACACCAAAUUUGUCGUAUGAAAGAUCGCUAGGUACCUCGUUGAUUAAAUGUCUGUCUAGAUUCGUUUGCUAUCACUUGCUCAAGGUUGAUCAGGCGAAUAUGGAAGCACUUGAAGCUAAAGGAUAUCAUUACGUUCUUGCGUGCUAUGCUCUUCAACAAACUGAAAAUAAUGUUGCUCGUGCCGAGACACUUGCUAAAUUUUUGUGUAAUGAACAUCCUUUGCUGAAAGCAACCGCUUUAUCUAGUUCACGACGCAGUAACACCAGUUCUUAUAGUAGCGCACGCAGUGGUGCUUCACUUCCUCAUACUCGGCUUCGGCAGAUAAGCUCAAUGCCAAGAAACACUGGCUCUUUGGAUGGCCAUUCAUCUUCGCUAUCUUCACUAUCUUCACAGGCUGUUCAGCAACGCAAUAUGGUAGACACACCUGCACCAGCUUCCGAUACUCUUCAAAAAAACUCUUUUACUAUUGAUACUAGUUCAGAAUUUCUUGGCUCUCAGUUGGUAUUGAAUGCAAAUGCUAAUCCUUCUCUUGACCAAGCAUCUGAUCGCUCGGCUGAUUCUUUUGUAUCUCGGUCAUCCACGAUUUCGUCUAAUCACGAUCCUGUCCAAUCAGUAAACUCAGUCAUGUCACAUAUCAGCAAUUCGCAUUUGUCACUACAACGAGCUGCUAACAGUGCAAGACGCCUUGAACUUCUUUUAAACCAAUCUAGUCGUAUAUCAGAACGAGCUAGAUCUUCAUCAGUUGUCACUAAUGAUGAGUUACAGACUACAAUACGAACUAGUGGUGAUUCUUUUCACUCGCGCCAUACCAACCACAGUAAUGAAUCAGGAACAUCCAGCACAACACGUACAUUUUCCCCUGUUAAUGAUUUAAAUGAGCUGGUUCAACGAACAAGUAAUAUAUCUUUGCCACAAUCAAUGCAAGGAACUUCUGAAAAACGAGUGGGACAUGCUUUGGUUACAGAUUCGCGGUCAAACUUUAGUCACGACAAUACAUCAUCAGAUACUGACUUGGUACAGAGCAAUAUGUCAAAACGUAUGCUUCCUUUGAAUCAUACCACGAUUCGUACGCCAUCAUCUAGUGUUAGACUAAACAGCUUAUUAGGAGCAUCACGAAGCAUAAACUCUGCUACGUCUGACGCGGAUGAGGUCACCAUAUUUUUGGACUGUUCUAAAAGUGAUCAAACCACACCAAUUGCUCCAAACUCUCCCCUAUCAGGUUGCAGUUCUUCUGCAACUGAUAUUAUUAUAGUGGAAACGCCCACUAUAAGCGAUGGAGAUGCAACGGAUUUGGUGUUGAAUUACCACGCUCCACACACUGAAAAUUGUAAAAAUGAUGAACCGCACCUUUCUACAAAGGAAAAGUCAGAUGUACAGCCUUCACCGACUUCUGGAAUUGAUGUGCCGAGUACUGAUCCUUUGGAAAAUGCUUCCGCACACUCUUUGUCAUGUAUCAAAGAACAGGAACAGCUACCGUCACAGGCAACCUCUGAAUCACUUGAGAUUGACACGUUUGAUGUCAAUGCCAAUCAUUUACACGAAAUCAAUAUGAUGCGCAAAGGAAAAUCAAUGGUGGCUGCAACUCAAUUUCGGACUCCGCAGCCAACACUUCGCGAAAGAAGCAGCAGUACUAUAUCUGGUGGGGUAUAUAAACAAAGUGAUGACGCAGCUACAAGGAGAAAAGUUCUUGGAAUGUCCAAGGGACCAAAUGCAUGGCCUUUACCACUUUUGAAAGGGCUCAACGGAGAUGAAAAAGCAAAGCCUAUGGCUUGGCCUACACCUCCCGUAAAAAAGUAUAAUGAGGGAUCUGAUGACGACACAAUAAGCGAUACUAGAUCUGAUCGUUCUCAAACCAGCAAUGAUCUCUCUCAAAAUGCUGAUACACAUACCGAGUCUGAAAUUCAAGAAAAGAUUCAAUUGAAAAACGAUGCCAAGAUUGAGGCUAUCGAAGUGAAUGAGUCUAUAGCUUCUUGCACCACUUUUGAUGCUGAUGCUAACCCUUUGAUUGACAACAAGAAGGCAAGUGUACAACGCAAAUCGGAAGAUUUAACAAGCUCUACUGUGCGUGUAGUCGAGUCAUACGACGCAACUACUGGGCAAGCGGUUGAUAAGUCUGGUCGCGCUGCAACAAAAGUAAUUGAUUUGAAGAUUAAUCUUGUUGAUGCUAAACUAUUUGAGCUUGGAGAUCUUCCAUCCACGACUACUCCACCUGGUUCACCACCUGCACCACCUUUUGCUCCUCCGUUACCACCUGUAUUUGAUGAACUAGACACAGUCAAGGAUGCUACUGUACAGAUAGAAGCUCCUCCACCUCCACCUCCACCACCUCCACCACCACUUGCUCCUCCUCCUCCUCCACCACCAUCAUUUAAAACAGGAGUUUCAACAUCUACACCAUCUAAUACCGCACCGAAAAUUCGUGCACGAGCCAAACUUCAUUGGAAUGAGAUUCGUAAUGGAAAAAACACUGUUUGGUCCGAAUUAGCCUUGAACUCGACUUCCACUUCGUCGACUCUCACCGAGAGAUCUGUUCAACUUGAUGUAAAACGCUUUGAAGAGCUUUUUUGUAUCAUUCCAGGCCAAGACAAAAAUCAAACUUCUAGCAAAUCCAAGAUGGUGCAAAAGGCUCGAUUCUCUACUUUUCUCGAUAUUCGCCGUGCAAACAAUAUUGCUAUUGGAUUAUCAAGAUUUACGCGAAGAGGAUUAAACACAGAUGACCUUUUUACAGCUAUUCGAGCGAUGAAUGAAUCAAAGCUGUCUUUUGAUGACUUGAUCACUAUUCAAGGACUCUUGCCUACAACAGAUGAGUUGAUACUUGUAAGACAAUACCUUUCAUCUGUGGCAAAAAAGCGUAUUGAAGAGCCUACUGAACCUCAGCUACCUCUUGCUCCCGCAGAAGCAUUUGCCGUUGCAGCAAGUAAAUUCAAACACAUCACACAUCAAAUUUUAGCAUUUCUAUUCAAAAUCCAGCUUCCUUUAGAAGCUGAGGAAGUUCAUUCAAAGUUUCAUGCUCUUGCAGAAGUAUCGCGACAGUUUUGCUUGUCGGAAAAUUUCAAGAUCUUGUUGCGCACAGUGCUUCAAUUGGGCAAUCUGACGAAUUACGAGUAUGGAAGCGGGAACAAUGCAUCAAGCUAUCGUCCAUGGAUGGGAAAAGAAGCUCGAGCGAUUGGGUUCAAAAUUGAAGGACUAGCAAGAUUGAAGGAUGUGAAGAGUGCUGAUGGAAAAUGGAGUCUCAUGACUUUUUUGGUAGAAAUGGUGCAAGAUUCCGAGUUUUCUUCAGUGCUGGAUAUUUCGGACGAGUUUGCAGACUUGACCACUGUUCGGCAAUUUGAUAUUCUUGCAUUAGUGGCGCAAGUCACUGCCAUGCAGGUUACUGCUACGAAUCUACGCGAGUUGUGUAUUGACGAUAGAAGUAGGUUUGGUAUUGACGCACAGUUCAAGCAGCUUCUGACCAGCGUACUAAACGAGGCAGAUCGAUAUAUUCAUACUGUCGUGACUCAGUUUAAUUGUUUUGUUAAUGCGUGGAGUGAUGCUUUGCAAUACUUUGGCGAAGACCAGGACGAGUAUAUCACGCCUUGUCUAGACCCAACGAAACGUCCAAAAAAACCGUCUGACAGUUGCAAGGUGCCUGGGUACUUUUAUACUACCUUGGAUCUAUUCAUGCAAGGAUUCAAAAGCUCUGUGAUAGAUUUGCGUAAUAGAAGAGAAAUGGAACGCAAGCGAAUUUCAAGGGAAAAGAAGGCUGCGCUGGAGAAGCAACGUAGAGCAAUUAUCAAGGCCGAAAGAGAGGCAGCCAAACUUGCUCAAAAGACUACAGCAUCAGCGGAAGUUUUGAAUGCCAGUGGCUCGAUCGUUCAACCUGUAGCCACGAUACCCUUUCCAUUGCGUGAUACUAUAAAAGAGGACAAUGUAAUUUCAAAAACUGUUGAUACGCAAAGUGAAUUACCAAAGCCUGCUGUCGAUCGAGCUGGGGAAGCAAAAGCCAUGUUCAAACGAUUUUCCAUGAUGCCAAUGAAACCUAUUGGACUGGAUGAGAUUGCGAAUCUGGACAAUGGCGUCAUGUUUGCAGGCAAUGACGAAGCCGCCUUUUCAGAAUAUCUGUCGUCGUCUUUUCUGUCGGAAAAUGGUACUGGAUUACUUGAUAAGCAGCUCUCUCAAAGCGGAGUAUCAUUUGAAUCUUUUUCUUAUGACUGA